GGGAGCAAAUUAGGGUUCAGUGUCUUGCCCAAGGAAACUUCGACAUGCAGAAAGUCGUAGCAGGGAUUCGAACCUUUCUACCGACUGAGUUUCGCCGCGAGUUGGGGACCUAUUACCGUAAUGCCUAGUAUGAAUAAAAUUAGGGGCGGCUGGUUUGAACAAAAUUAGGAGUGGCUUGCUUGACUGCUACUUUACGAGUGGAGGAUGGCUUGACCGCAGUGUCCUCCCGUUAGUGUAGUCGUCCCAAACUCAACAGGCUGUUACCGAUGAUGGCGCUCAUGGCGAUGAUCAACAUUCUUGUUCUCCUUCUUGUGCACUUGCACAGCGGCCUGACUGCUCCCACCUGCGAGGUCAGGCGGACCUCUCGAGGGUGGUAUUACAAAAUCGUCGGCGAAGUCCGGCCACCUUGCGAUCGUUACGACUGGACCAACGGGACGGGUCACGUGCUGGUCAAUCACAAGCAAAGCGACAAGGCGAUCUGGCUGUGCGACGACAGAAACCUUCAUCUCGCCGUUUGUGUGAAGGACAUCCACCGCAACAGAGAUUGCCCCAGACAUGAGGUUCCACUAGUUGUCAAAUGCCAUGUAAACUGCACUGCAGAUUCUGAAAUUGUCCUGUCUACAAUUCUUCUUGUGCACUUGAGCAGUGGGCGGCGUCCCACUUGCGAAGUCACGCAUGAUUCCAAAGGUUGGCAUUACAAAAUCAGUGGGAAUGACACAGCGCCCUGCACUCGUUAUCAGUGGACCAAUGGGACGGAGGUCGUGCUGGCGACGCACAGGCCGAGGGACAAGUCUGUAACCGACAAGGUGAUCCAGCUGUGGAACGAAAAAUAUCGUUAUCUUGCCGUUUGUGUGGAGGACAUGCAACGCAACAGAGAAUGCCCCAGUCAGAAUUUCUCAGGAGUUGUCACAUGUCCAGUGAGCGGAACAACAGCUCAGGGUUUGAAAUCUUUUCUCCCCCCACCCACAAUCUACUGCACGGAAAUGUAUGAAGCCUCUCAGUCUACAGGUCAGUGUGCAUUGCAAGCAUUGGACACACUAUCGACACAUACUGCACGCGUGCUCUCCACCCGGACCUCCUCUGUGUCUGCACCUUGGAAACACUCAGACGAAUUAAGCUAAUAUGCUGUGUGUUUUUGUAAACAAAGACAAUUAUUUGGCCAACACGCUUCUUCGUAAAUUCAUAGAAAAUGGACGCGCCCCGUCUCUCUGAACAGAGUUUCUCAGAGCGCAGCGAGAGCGAUAGAUUGAAUUUCCCAUUGUACCCAAUGGUAGCCUAAGUGUUUUUGGAAGACAUUUUUGAAUUUUGCCAGAGCUAUAAUGUAAAAUUUUGUUAUUAACAAAGGAAAUUUUGAUUCCUAUGAAUUUUUUUUUUUGUUGUACACAGACUAUUUUGAGUCUUUGACACUUCUAACAUUUAACAGCACAUUUUUUUAAACUUAAAAAGCCAAUUUUGAGUCUCGUUUAAAAAAAAAAAAGACGUUUGGGAUUUUGACAAAGCCAACGUACGUUUCGUAAACGGAGGCAAUUUUUAGUCUCACGAAAAACCUAACUCAAUUUCCUCUGUAUGACGAUGCUAAAGUUUUUGUAAAUGUCAAAGGAUAUUUACGUCUUCAACGAUGCUAAUGUACAGUACUUGUUUUUGUAAACAAUUUUUAGUAUUUGUCAAAGCGAAAAAGUUUUACGUUCGCUUGCAAAGUUUUUGCAUUCUCAGUCUACAUUUUACCGUUUUAUUUUCUACAAUGUUCGCAUGAGUUUGUUGAAGCAGAUCGCAAGUAUCGUAUUUCACAUUUUUAUUGAAAACUUGCACAGUUGAACAAGUUUGAUGUCGCACUUUGAAGUGCUUAUAUGCGGAUACGAAGGGGCUUUUGUUUACUACGACGGACAUGAACGCAUAAACUUUGCACGCCCGUGAUGAACUGGGAUUCACUGUACAAUGUUGAACCUUGUGCUCUCCUCACAGGAAGAAGACUUGCGUUCGUCAUCCCCGUACUGGUGCUGUUUCUGCUGUGCUGUUUCUGAUGCUCAGCGGGACAAUAUCCACACUCUCACAUUUAUUAAAUUAUAAAAAGAUGGACACAUGUUUUUAUAAUUUAAUAAAUGUGAUAAAGUAUAAUAUACUGUAUAAACAGGAUCAAAUGCGGUUUACACCGUCCGCAUAUCCAAUCGCGUGGUGUACGGCAGGGCGGCACUUUAAAACUUUAUCCCGGCUAACCUUGAUUCCUCUUAUUCCUUCUCUUUACUCUGGAGUCAGCCACUCCUCCCUCAAAAGUCUCCAGAGAUUUCAAAAUGCUGCUGUUCGCCUCUCGACUGGAACACGUAAAAGGGAGCACAUACUGAAACUGCGAUCGCGGCCUCCCUCCACUAUCCCCCCUCCCCCAAAACGUCUCGCCCCGCCUUAUCUCUCUAAGCGGCUCCAUCCUCACACUCUUGGCUGGGUGCCUCAGGUCACCAGACAGACGGUGUUGUUGAUAUUAUAUUAUAUGUUCAAUCUGUGCAGUUCACAAUGAAAUCUCAAGAUUGUCAAAUCAUUCUGGUGCCAAAGGGUGCUACCAAGUGUCAGAAAGCUCGCUGUUCUGUUGUGGGCGGCUGCUUCCGGCACAUGGUUUCUUCAAUCUAUGCAUCACGGUUCAGGGGGGAGAGUGGUCGUCUUCUUAGCCAAAGGUUGUGGCUCGGACCCUGAGCCCUUGUGACCACGACCAUGCUCCCGAUGUUGCCUCAUCAGUAGGUGACUGAGGAGAUAGUGAUAAAGCACUUUGAGAACCACUAUACAAGUGAAAACAAAAGAGGUGGAGCUGGUGGGGGUGGGGCGACUUGUUUGGUAUCAGGAGCAAUAUAGCAAAUCCCAGAAGGGAAAAACAAAGCAAAAAAACUAGUUUUGAAUAAGGUCGUCAAUUGCCUUUUCCACCAGCAAAGGAGCAAUACACUGAUUUAGAGACGUGCAAAAUGUUUUUUACAUCCCAAUAAUGAUACAGAUGGUGAUAUUUUUGACAUGAAAUUAGUUUUCUGUGGGCGGCACGGUGAUAAACUGGUUAGAGCGUCUGCCUCACAGCGCUGAGGACCCGGGUUCAAUCCCCGGCCUCGCCUGUGUGGAGUUUGGAUGUUCUCCCCGUGCCUCUGUGGCUUUUCUCCGGGCACUCCGGUUUCCUCCCACAUCCCAAAAACAUGCAUGGUAGGUUAAUUGACGACUCCAAAUUGCCCGUAGGUGUGAAUGUGAGCGUGAAUGGUUGUUUGUUUGUAUGUGCCCUGCGAUUGACUGGUGACGAGUUCAAUUUUUUUUAUGUAGACCACACAAUUAAUUACAAUAUUAAUAAAAAUAAAAUGUAUCCGGUGACCAAAUAAAUACCCUUCAGAAUAUUUGCAGCACAGUGCAAAGAAUAAUAAUAAAAAAAAUACUAUCCAGCUCAGUGCUUCAAGUAACAUUCAAGUUUGCUGACCAUUUAUCCAGUAAAAGUAUUAGGAAAAUAAAUGAAAGGAUUCCCUCAGUAGCGUUUAUAUCGUUAUAUCAUAUAGUUGUACACUGAUUAAAAUUUGAGAUUUUAUGAUAAUUAACCAGCCUCCGUGUGAUGUGCCUUUUUGACAACUCCUGUUGUUUGCGGGCUAUUUGAAAUCCUUUGUAAAUAUAAAACUGGAGACCCUCGCUCUUAAGUGGUGAAAACGUACGUGUGUCUGCAAAUAAUAAUGCAAUAUAUUGCUUUUCGAGACGCUUUACAAUUUCAUGUAUUGCAUCACAAUCCUUCUGACAGGGGAUUCUGCCAGACGAAUGUAUGCUUAUUUUAUAUUUAAUGAUAUUUUAUUAUUUUAAGACCAACUGUUGUUUUAAUUGUAGAAUGUACAAAUGAAUUCUGUAUGGUUUACUUUACGCAAGAAUUGUAACUUUUUUUUCAUGAAAAAACAAGUUGAUUCUUGUAAAGUUUCUAUUUUCUUCUCUGGAAAUAUAUAUCCUUAUCGUUCCACUUUGCUGCUGACUUUGUCCCCUGGUUUCGAAAGCCGGCAUUCUGCGGCUGUUCCUCCACUGCCCCGGCUGAUUUCUUUCUUCAGCUGUUCAACCUGCUAUUGUCGCCAAGGGCUGGAGGCUAUAACGGCCCCUCCAACGAACUUAUCUGUGAUUUAGGUACAUUUUGCAUCAUCUCAGAUGAUAUUCUGUGCACUCUUUUUGUUUGUUUGUUUCUCCAUAUGGCUUUCGUUAUGUCGUCACAACUGGGAAACUAGCAGUGGGAACGACACGGGACAGAUUUCGUAAAAGAUCGUGAUUGUUGCAUUGACUCGAUCGCAAGUGGGCUGUUCUGUGUGUCUGAGAAGACGUUUCGCCUCCCACCUGAGCAGGCGUCAUCAGUUCAUGCAGCAAGGCUUAGUUAAGACGCACUAGUCAGUAUUUGUGUGGAAAACUCAACUAUUUAUGCUCCCAAGUUAGAGGCACGCACUGGCUCAUUUGAAGAUUUUGUUUUCAAAUGUCAUCAUGGUGUCGCUUUGCCUUCCCUUCCCUCGCUGAGCUGUAAGAUGACCGACUGCUCCUGAAUGAAGCUCAGAGCGCAAACGAUGGAACGAUGGCCCUUCCUGGUGCGCAUGAGACAAGUCUCGUCACUGUCCAUUUUUAAAACUCUUCU